GCGAGUUUCACCGCGAGACCUCGCCUGAACUUAACAAGAUUCCGGAGUGGUUAAACGACAAAAAAAAUAAUAUAUUAUUUUUCUGCAUUUGAGCACCACUUAAUACUGUUAGCAGUAAAUCGCAGUGUAUUUGACGAAAACACCCAAUGUGAACAUAACACGCAUACUAUCAAGAGGAAUGUGCUCUAUUUUCUUAUAUGUGCAAGUUAACGAAGAACAAUAAAACAUUUCAAAAAAAAAAAAGUUGAAAAUGUAUUGAAAUAAUAAUCCGAAGAAAAAAAAGUUUAAAGAUGUUCGAACCCACGGAAUUGGGAAAGGAACUUUGUAUCCACACUGGAGUGGUUUUACGUGGAGCUAAUACACGAGAAGAUGAGGUCCACAGUUCAGGAACUCUGAAUAUUGUCGAAUAUAGUUUUGGUAAAUGCAUUGAAUGGAAGCCAAUUGAAGUAUCAAUUGUUUCGGAAAUACAAGAUCAAGAUCCAGAAUGGUCGCUUGUCGAUUCACAUACAAGACGUACGCGAACAUCGUCUGAGGGUCCAGAUUCACUUGGACGUACGCGAACCGUUCGUAUAUUAUUCUCUGAUUUAAAAUCAUUUCGAAUCAAUCAUAGUGGACAGCAAUUAAUAUUUAUGCAAAAAGAUGGUACCACGUAUGUGGCAUUUUUUCAACUUUCAAAUGCCGAAAGUUUUGUGAAAUCAUUGAAAGGUUUUAUUAAAUUCAUCAAAUCAAAAAUGGAUAGCAAUAUGUAUAUUAUCGUUGAUGAAGUGAGUAAUGUUCUUAAUAAAUCAUUCGCUGAAUUGGAUCUUUUUCAAGAGAAUACUUCGGAUUAUGUUUGGAAAUUUGUUCGUAAUUUACAUGAUCGUCCAUAUGAAACAACAAUGGAGGCCUUCAGUAAACUCGCCGAUGUUUGGAUAUAUAAAGACACUGAUACGAAACGACCAGUGGAAGAAACAGUGGCUGAUCUUUUAAAUCGUUCACUGUCAAUUGAUGUGCCUCUGCCAUCGGUUUCCGUAAGUUCCGGUGAAGAAUAUGAAGUAAUUGGCGUUUCAAGUGCAUCAGUUCUUCUCCCACCAAGACCACCAUGUCCUCGAGGUGCUCCUUUGACUCAGGAACAAUGGGAUAAAUAUAAGGAUCCAACUGGAAGAAUUACAAAUUCUGAUGCGAUUAAAGAAAUUAUUUUUAGAGGCGGUAUUUCGCCAUCCUUACGUUAUGAAGUUUGGAAAUUUCUACUUAAUUAUUAUCCAUGGAAUUCGACGAGUAUAGAGAGAUUAGAAUUGAAGAAAAAGAAGACUGAUGAAUAUUUCAUAAUGAAAUUACAAUGGCGAUCCAUGACAUCAGCUCAGGAAAAUCGAUUUGCCGAUUAUCGGGAUCGUAAAAGUUUAAUAGAAAAAGACGUAAACAGAACUGAUCGAACACAUGUUUAUUACUCGGGUGAAAAUAAUCCUCAUUUAGCACAAUUGUACGAUAUUUUAAUGACCUACGUAAUGUACAAUUUUGAUUUGGGAUAUGUACAAGGUAUGAGCGAUUUGCUCAGUCCAAUUUUGUGUCUUAUGGACAAUGAAGUCGAUGCCUUUUGGUGUUUCGUUGGAUUUAUGAACAAAGUCUACACAAAUUUCGAAAUGGAUCAAUCGGGAAUGAAAUGUCAACUCAGUCAAAUUCAUAAUUUACUCUCAGUGACGGAACCGCAAUUGGCGAAUUAUUUAGAUAAACACGACUCGGGAAAUAUGUUUUUUUGUUUUCGAUGGCUAUUGGUUUUGUUUAAACGUGAAUUUAAUGCUAUUGAUAUUAUGAAACUUUGGGAAAUACUUUGGACUGAUUUGCCAUGUAAAAAUUUCCAUCUUCUUCUUUGUGCCUCAAUUUUGGACACUGAGAAAACAAUUCUCAUGGAAAAUCAAUAUGGAUUCACUGAAAUUUUAAAGCAUAUAAAUGACUUGUCGUUACACAUCGAAUUACCGUGGACAAUUUCAAAGGCAGAGGGAAUUUAUCAUCAAUUAAUAUCAGUGGCGCCUCAUUUACCGGACAGUGUUCGUACAAUUAUUGGAUUGGAGCCAUUGAACAGAAGUCCAGAACCAUGUGAACUUGAUAUUAGCAAUGAAAGCAGUGCCUCAACGACAAAUGAAGAAAAUUCCCACGAGCAAGAAGCUGAAGGAAAUAUUAAAUUUGGAGACAACGAAGUUGCAUUCGAACGAGGUUUAAGUAUGUCAUAUACAUGAGUAGAGGAAUUUUCUUUUAUUGUAUUUUAAAAUAUUUUCCCUUUGCGUAUUAUUUGCACCAUUCAUUUUAAAAAAAGUUUACUAAACAAAAUUUUUCCGUUAUUUUAAAAUCUUUUUGAAUAUUUUUUGUUUCGACACACUUUGUUGUGUAAAUUAUCAAUGAUUCUUAAAAUUUAAUUAAUUUUCUUCUAUCUUUUUUUUUUUUUUUUUUUUUUUGUUCAUCAUAGAUUAUUGUGUAUAUAUUAUAUGUAUAAUGAUACAUUAAAGAUUUUAUUUACCUAUUAUAUAUAUAUAGAGAAAAGCAGAGAUUUAUUUUUAAAAAAAGUAAAACAUUUAUAUCAUUUGAUAGAAUACUGAAUUUUUAAAAUUUGUGUGUUUCGUAUCUCCUAGUCGAUGUAUGUUAGUUUGAAAAAAAAACUUUCUAUUUUAAUGUUGUGUCAAACUUUAAUCAAAAGAAAAAAAAAAAAAAGUUUGCAAUUGUAGCUUUUUCUAAUGCGCAAGAUUUAUUGUAUAUAUGUAAAGUUGAACUUUCUUUUUCAAAAAACUGUUUUGGGUUUAAUAUUGUUAUAUUUACACCUAAUAAAAAGGUCCUCUCUUUCAUUUCCAUAAAAUUAUGAUCUUUUUUAAUUUAUAAGAAACUUUUAUAAUUACAAUGCACAAUAGAACUGUACAAAAAUAAA